CUGUUUCCCGAUGCUGUCAGCCGAUUUCGGACGCAUCCGCCUGUGUUUGGAUAUUAGACUGCAAACGUGGCGAGUGUGGUGCGCGUGAUCAACGCGCGUUACUCGUGUUGAUCACGGGCUUUUGAAAAGAGGGAAGUCCUGGGUUCCAUUUCAACUCGGUUGCUUUCCAAUGUGGUUGAAUGCCGAAUUUUUCGACGGUACUUAAAAAUAAUGAUUCCUCUUACCAUAGUUUCGAUGAGAAGAAGAUUUUAUUACAUGAAGUACAAAUUCCAGAAAGCAGGCCGUCUCUGGAAAGGGAUUAUCUUGGCAUCUUUCGGAGUAUUACUAUGGAUUUGGGUGUGGAAUUCAUCCAAGUCACCAUCCUCUUUUGAUGAAACAAUAUCACCAGGGAUGAUAUUUUCAAGCAAAGUACAACAAUAUAUUUCACACUAUUGUAACUUUCCCAUGCAAACUUCUGGUAGGGAAGGAUUGUUAAACUUGGAGAGUCAUCUUAACCAACAACGCUUUCAACUAGAAAUGACACAGGUACUUAUUCGGCAUGGAGACAGAGCCCCUGCCAUAUACGUCCCAAACACAGACAAUAGCAACUAUGAUUUUGAUUGUACAUUCAAAACUUCUGAUUACAACAACAAGAAAAUGUUUGAAGAAUAUUCACAAUCAACGAGACAUAUUUCCCCACGUGAAUUUGUGAGAAAUGUGAGAACAAGCUUUCACCUGGUACCAACACCAGGAAGCCGGUGUAAAAUUGGUCAACUGACACAGAGAGGUUUUCUUCAGCAUUUUGCUCUUGGAAAACACAUGAGAACAGCUUACAAAACCUUAAUAGAUUCUGGUAUUGAGUCUAGCAAUCUCCAUGUGCGAUCAACCCAGGUAACAAGAUGCGUACAAAGUGCAGCUGCCUUUCUUUAUGGCUUGUUAACAAAGGAUGCCAUUAUGAAUGAAAGGAUAACCAUCAACAUUACUUCAAACGGUUGGUUCCAAGAAGAUGACAAUGGAACUCCUUAUAAGUGUCCAUCAUUGGGGAGUCGUUGGCAUCAGUACAAACGGAGAAGUGACUACAUCUCAGGCUCUGCUGCAAUAGAACCAGUAAUGCAGGAGUUUUCACGGCUGUUGAGGACUCCAAGGCCAUCUCUAACAACUAUUGGAUUUUUGACUGAUGUAAUAUACACUCGUUACUGCCAUAAUCUUCCUCUCCCUUGUGGGCCUGGAGGUUGUGUGUCACCUUUGUUAGCAGCCCAGGCAAUGGAUUUUGCCACAUGGGCUUUUACACAGAAUUAUACUGCAAUAGCUGAUGUGGCGUCUCAUCCAAUGUUGAUCCAGAUGGCAAAAAGAAUGUUUGACAAGACUCGACAAAAAUCUGCUUUUAAAUUUGUACUGUACAGUGGUCAUGACAGCACUGUUACGCCACUUCUGAUAAAUCUUGGAGUUCAUGAUGAUACAAGAUUGACUCCAUAUGCUACAGGUGUGGUAUUUGAACUAUGGAGGGACACUCUUGCAGACACCUCAGCACAAAAAGAUUCUUCAGAUGGUUUUUAUUUCCGAGUUCUUGUUAACGGAGAGGUAGUCACCAACAAAAUGAAAUUUUGUGGUGAUUCAUUGCUCAAAGAUGAACUUUGUCCUGUGAGGGAAUUAAUUUCAUGGCUUUCUGAUGGUGAAGGUUUUGAACAAAUGGACAAGAAAUACAAGUUACUUUGUUCAACAACUUGAUUCUGGCCAAUGUAAAUAUACAUGUUCUUUUUAUUUAUUUAUAUCCACAUCAUUGUUGGCAUUGUACUUUUUGGACAGUCUGGUAACAAAUAAACAUCUACAACCCUCUCCUGACAGAUGAUGUACAUGGUUAGCUUAAAAGGUAAGUUUCCAGUACAACAGGUGACUGCAGAAGCACUAUUACCCUCCCCACCCUUACCAAAAGUUUUUGUCAGGGUUUCUUUUGACAGUACUCCAUCACCACUCUUUUAAGAAUACAACAAAUUGACCAAUAACCUGCCAAGGGAAUCAACUUGAACCACAGGAAGCCAAGUGGUCAUUCUAAACUAUAGUGUUAUGCAUUUAUCAAUUCAAAGCUUUAAAAUCUCUACCCAAAUCCCUACCCCCCCCCCCCAGCAUUUGAACACUGCACCCCUCUAGGGAAAAAAUUAUUUACCAAUGCCCCACCCAAAUGUCGGAUUUAAUGGUCAGUUUUUUUUUCAGUUCCUCCACAUUCUUUAUAGGACAUUCCCAGAAAAAUUGAAACAUUUUAUUUUAUUCCACUGAAUUGUUGUUUUUACCAAGAGCCAUACUGGAGACUAAGUAACACAAGAAUUCUGAGGAAAGCUUUUUUUUUUUUCUUAAAUCCUACAUCUUUUUCUUAGUUUCAAAUGCAUUUACAUUUCUCCAUACAAAAUAUCUUGUGUAAUAAUGAUAUAGUGUAGAUGUGGCUGCAUAUCAACCUUGAGCUAUCUGUGCCUGAACCAACCAUUCACAAGUCAAAAGUGGCUCUGUAGAUGUUGGGUGUCAUCUAGUUUUGUUGUGGAUUGUGGAUCCUUCAUGAAAAUUGUAAUGAUGUGGACAAUUAAAAAAAAACAACAAAAAAACAAA